AUGGAUUGCGGAAUUUUUGCCAUCCUCGCCUUCGCGACAUGCUGCGGCUACCACGGGGAGCUGCUCUUCCAGCUGCCGUGCGGGAACAGCUCGGAGCGCCUGGGAGAUGUUCACGUGCCCAUCCAGUACCCAUUCCGGCUGCUGGGGGUGGUGGCGCGGGUCUCCGGCUGCGUGCCCGCGGGCCUGCACGUGCGUCUGGCGAGCGACGGCGCGACCGUGGCGAUGGACGCCGGGCGGCCGUCGGCGCUGCCGGCGGGCCUGGCCGGCGUGGUGCCGUCGGCGCGGCUGCUCGUCGCCGUGGGGGUGGUGUCGCUCCUCUACUCCCUCUGCGCCACCGUCGCCACCAUCUUCUACCAGCGCAACUACCUGCGCAACAACCGCGGCCCCAAGAUCGACGUGUCCGUGUCGCUGGUGCUCUCCCUGCUCUGGCUCCUCGCCUCGUGCCUGUGGGCCGCCAGCCUGGCUGAGCUGCGCGCCUCCCUGCAGCCGGCACACCUCGGGGCGCUGGUGCCCGCGUGCCGCGCCGCCGCCGCCGCCGCGGCCGCCGCGGCCGGGAGGGACCCCCGCGCGGCCGCUCUCCCCCAGGCCCUGCCGGCGGGGAUGGCGGCGGUGUUCGGCUUCAUCAACUGGCUGCUCUGGACGGGCAACGUGUGGUUCGUCUACAAGGAGACGGGCUGGCGCGCGCCGUCCCUGCGGCCCCUGCUGCGCCACGGCUCCGCGUUCUGCGCCUCCGAGCCGGACCUCGCCGCGUCCACCCGGAGGGGCGACCGCGGCGGCGGCGGCGGAGCCGCGGCAUCCUCGGCGAUCGGCGACCGCGACUUCGAGCGGGCCGCCGGCGACCACGUGCUGAUCGACCUGGGCGGGCAGCUGGGCACGAGCCCCAAGGCGCGGCUCCUGCAGCCGCAGGUGUCGUACCACGAGACCCCCCGCUCGCGGAGGCCAGGGCGGCGGUGA